AUGGCGCUCCUCCAGCGCACCCGGCCUAUGUCUGCAGCAACUCCAGCAGUGGCUGCCGCCACCUCCGUGCCAGGUGCCGGCCCCACGCCCCCAGCGCCGCCGUCGCCUCCCGCCGUCGCCGCGCUCGCCGUGGCUGCCCUUGCCUCCCGCAAGGCCGCCCCGGCCGCUGGUGGCCGUUUCUCCCGAGCUGGCCACCUCCCCGUCCUGCAGCAAUCCUCGUAUGAUGCUCGGCCCGAUUUGGAUCAGGGGCAAGCUGCGCUGGGCCGGCGCGCAUUAAUUGGCGGCGUUUCCAUGGAGGUGCCCCCAGGCAAGUCUGCUGCUCUGGCUCUACUGGCCGCUUCUGUCACGGCAUCACGUGGUCUCGAACCCGAUGAGGAUGAAGAUGUGGAGAUGGCAUUGCAGACGCCUUUGGCCUCGGCCAGUGCAGACCAGCUGACCCACCGGCCGCAUUCUGUGUUGUGGGCUUCCGCUGCUGAUGAAGACGAGGACGAGGACGAUAGUGAGGAGCUGGGCCACCGGACUCCACCGGCUGCUGCCAAGGCCAUCGACUCCGACUCCGCCGAGGCGUGCAUGGGGCACGGGCCGGACACAAGAGAUGGUUGGCAGUGCCGCGGUGAGGUCCGCCGCAUCCGGCAUCACCGGCCCUGA